AAGAAAGAUGGCUUUUUCGGUUCAUAGUCUCCUGAUCAGUGACAGCGUAGAUGCCAGCUGUAAGAAAAUCCUGGAGGAGAAUGGAAUCAACGUAGUAGAGAAGAAAAAUAUGACCAAGGAUGAACUGCUUGUUGAAAUAAAGGACUACAAUGGACUUAUAAUCCGUUCUGGAACAAAGGUUACAGCUGAUGUGAUAAAUGCUGCAAAGAACCUGAAGAUAAUUGGUAGAGCUGGAACAGGAGUGGAUAAUGUGGACAUAGAUGCUUCAACAAGGAAUGGAAUUAUUGUAAUGAACACACCAAAUGGAAAUACAAUCAGUGCUGCUGAAUUGACUUGUGGAAUGAUCAUGUGUUUGGCCAGAAAGAUUCCUCAAGGAGCUGCCUCCAUGAAAGCUGGAAACUGGGAGAGAAAAAAGUUCAUGGGCAUGGAGUUAUAUGGGAAAACACUUGGAAUUGUGGGACUUGGAAGAAUUGGUAAGGAAGUAGCAACAAGGAUGCAGUCCUUUGGAAUGAAGACCAUAGGCUAUGAUCCAAUAAUUCCUGCUGAGGUGGCAAGUACAUUUGGAGUAGAAUUCGUGUCUCUGGAACAACUUUGGCCUCAAUCUGACUUCAUCACUGUCCAUACACCUUUAAUGCCAUCUACUGAAGGAUUGUUGAAUGAUGAAACAUUUGCCAAAUGUAAAAAAGGAGUGAAGGUUAUUAACUGUGCUCGAGGAGGUAUUAUUGAUGAGGAAGCAUUGCUUCGAGCAUUGGAAUCCGGACAGUGUGAUGGUGCUGGAUUAGAUGUAUUUGUAGAGGAACCACCCAAGAAUCUCUGUCUUGUGAAUCAUCCAAAUGUAAUAGCAUGUCCACAUCUAGGUGCAAGUACCUGCGAAGCCCAGGAACGUUGUGGGAAGGAUAUUGCAGCUCAAAUUGUGGACAUGGUGAAGGGCAGCUCACUAGUUGGAGCGAUUAAUGCCCAGGCUCUCAGAUGUGCUGUGUUUCCUGAAACAAAACCCUGGAUCCAGCUUGGAGAAGCACUGGGAAUGGUGGCAAAAGCAUUUACUGGACAAGUAAAUGGUCAAACAAAAGUGCAUGUUGCAACAGCAGGUAUGUCUUUGAGAAACACUGAGCAUUGUGUUGCUUCAGCUGUGACUCUGGGGCUGCUUAAAGGAGACUUGGAAAACCAAGUAAACCUCAUCAACGCAUCUUUACUUGCAAAAGAAGCAGGAUUAACUGUAGUAGCCAAGCAUGAUGAUGCAGUUCCAGGCGAUCCUACUAAUGUAUGUGCAUUGGAGAUCUCUACUUCUAGUGCCUCCCAUAAGUUUCUGGGUUCCAUUCAAAUUGACCUUCCAGUGCUUCUGGAAGUUGAUGGAGCAGCAUUCAAACAGGCAGUUCCUCUCAGUGGAAAUUUGCUAAUUUACAAAGCUGAAGCGUAUUCCCAAGCUUUACAAUCUGUUGCAGGGGUGCUGGCUUCAGCUGGAAUUCAAAUUGAAUCAUACAAUGUUACAACUGCUGUGGAAGGACACCAGUGGUGCAUUAUGAGAAUUACUUCAUUGUUAGUAGAUUUGAAUCUUCUUGAGCAUUAUGUGAAGGUAUCAAUGCAGCUGACAAUAUGAAUAGCACGUUCUUCAUUUAGAAAAAAAGCAUCAAAAUUUAAAAGUCAAUUUGACCAGAAAAAGUGGUGUAUGGUUUGAAUUUACUGUAAUAAUCGUGCCUUUUUCAAUAGUACUGAUUAAAUUGACAAAAUGUCUAAUAAGCUAAUGUAAUCAGAAGCCAAUGCAUGAGAUUUUUUUCAGUAAUGUACCUCUGCCAUUAACAUAAAAGCAGAAAAUGCUCAAAAGUUGCAACAUGUCAGGCUGUGUGUUCAAAACUCUAUCCAUUACACCAUCGAACAAUCAUUUGUUUCUUGGAGACAGGCAAAUAAAGUAUGAUUGAGUAACUGCUGUUGAACUGAAAGUACUGAUAUUUCCUCUCACACCACACAGAAGGCUGAGAAGAUCCCAUGGCAAGUUAACUAUCUUAUGACUAUUCACAUCAUUAGAUUUGUUACCUUGGCAUUCCCACCUGAAAUAGUAACUGUGACAAACAGUCCUCAUCUAUGCAGAGAAUACUGGCAUUAGGGGCUUGUCAAAAGAGAAGGAACAGUUCAACAGUAUCAAGCCAGAAGUUUAAGUUUCUAGAAAGAGUCUUGUGUCUGAUAAAUCAUCACCAAAUCAUUCAAAAGCUCCUCAGUGGUAGGUCUCUUGAGGGCCUGUGUGGUUGGAACAUCUUUCUUCAGGGUCUCAAUGACUUUGAAUGAUUAUACUGAUGCUGAGCAUAAGUACAGAUAACCCCCAUGACCAUUAUGACCAUUAGGGUUAUGGAAAUACACACUUACAUAAUUCACAAACCUCUACUCAAAAAAAUUUGAGAUAUGGAAUAAAAUUGGUUCUUGGGAUUUAUUUGAGGGAGAAAAAAAUGUAAAUACACAAAAUUAUUUUCAACUCGUGUUUCUUGACACUUGGAAAUGAUGUGGCUUCAAACUAUAGAACACUGUGAUAUGGAUUACUUUAUAUGAACACAACCACCCCUCCCCCCAAUAACAUGGUGGUUACCUGUGUUCCUAUUACAUAGAAUAUUAAUAACAAAAUGUUCUCCAUCAAAACAUCUGAAGGACGUACUUUUGUUUUUGUAAACCACACCACUACACUGCAGAUAACGUAGCUAAGGUACUGCCUGACCUGCUGAGUUCCUCUAACACUUUGUGCGUGUGUGUGCGUGUGUAGCGGUAAAUUGGCCAGUGCUGGUUCGCGACCAGUCUCAAAUUUGAUAUUGCCACGACUCUCAAAGGACAAGAGCCAGUAAGGAAUCCAACACAAUAAAUAACGAGACCACAUUGUGACACUUGCCACUGCAAUUCAGCAGUGUCAGAUUUCCACGAAUUAUAUUUGCCAAAUGAAAGAUCAUCAGCCUGAAAUGUUAACUGUUCUCUCCACAAAUAUAGUUAACCUACUGGGCAUUUUCAGUAUUCGUCUGUUUUUGUUUUUGACCUUUGUUGGAAAACUUAUCAUUGUUUCAGCAAUAAUUGACAUUCAUUAAUAAAUUUACG